AUGCCUACAAAAUUAAGCAUACUCGUCUUUGUCGCAUCACCACUCGACUACGCCCGCUACAGACAUACAGCACUAUACAUUGAAUUUGACGAGGAAAUCCACAAAGAAAACAUAAUUACAACGGGUACAACCAGUGCAAAUGCUUCUCUAGCUAUAAAUGAGGAGUCUACCCAUAUCAAAACCGCCAUUAUGGAGGUAGUAGGGGAGCCUGGGUUCUUUACUUUCUCCGAGCGUUUGAAUUGGGAACUACCUACAUCAACAAAUAUUGCGCAUGUUAUUCCUGUUGCGACCAUCGAUUCAAGUGGGUUGGAUAUGCGUGAAAUCAUUUCUAAAACACGAAUAUCUAAUGGGGAUGCGGAGACAGAUUGGAACAGUCAGAACUGGGUUGGAGAUGUGCUUGAUCGACUUGUUUCUGCUGGGUUACUUGAUGUUGAGAAGAAAGAGAGGGGAGUUGAUGAUAUGAUUGAGGCUGUUUUGGAGGCGGCGGAUGAGAAUUAUACGGGUUAA